UCUGAAAGACUUUAUUUUAGCCGUUAAUUAUAAUAAUAAUACAAUUGUUAGCAAAAGUGAAAAUAGACCUGGUAAUUAACUUUAGCAUUAAUAAAUAAAUAAUAAUGGCUAAAUUAUUUUUUUAAAUAUCAGCAGCCAGCAUGCCUGCGUCACACAUACCUUAUAGCAGCCGGGCAUUAUUUUAUUAAUUAAAUUCUCCAAAAAAGUCACAAGUUAUUUAAUUUAAAUGAAUAUUAAAUUUCCUGUUACCCAAUAGAAAUUGUGUUGCUAUGUUUCUUGCAACAUUAAAUUAAGCAAUCAAGACCAAUGUUUUUUCAAGAAUCAAGAACCAACAUUCAAUCGUCUGGUCAAUAAAAGCACCUUACCCCCUAAUCACUAGAUUCAAUCUUUUUUCUCGUCUGAGUACAGUACUUAGUACAGUAUUUAAUAUAAAUAAGUAAUUACUUAUAUAUAUAUAACCAUUUACUUACAUAUGCCAUCACAAUUCACAAGCAAAGCAAACAUAAAAUUUGCAGCAAAGAAGAAAUUAAAGAUGAAGAAACAGCGCGUCGCCUUAGCUCCUCUCGAUUCUCCUACCAUUGACGGGAUGGAAACGCAGUCGUCAAGCACCUCCUCCGCCAGCACAACCUCCACCCCCACCACCGCCGCCGCAACGCCGGCGGCGGACCCGGCGGUGACCAUGCUGGGAUCCGUGAAGACGAGCGUGCACGUGACAGCACUCGACGGAAUAGUGAACGUGAACUCCCUCUUCACCAUGGCAACCUUCAUCGGGUUCUCCCUCACCGUACCGCAAGCCGCCACCGCCGCCGCCACCCAGCAGUGCCACACCAGCCCGGAAACGGUGCGGCGGCUGAUCAUCUUCGAGGUGAUGUCGUUCAGCUUCUUCCUCUUCUCCUCCCUCGUCGCCCAGAGCCUGAAGCUCGCCAUCAACCUGCUGAACAAUAUGGAUCCGGGCGACCCGCAUAAAGCCGACGUCAACCCGAAUAUGAUCAAAUUUGGGCUGUUCGGAUCCGCCAUAGGAUCCGUGAUGGGUUGCGUGUUCUUGAUGCUUUCGAUAGUGGAUUUCAUACAGGUCAAACUCGGGUCGUACACUUGUGGCGGGAAACCGGUUUAUGCGCUGGUGGUUUUGGUUUGCUUUGUGGGGACCGGUCUUGUGGUUUAUGUGACAACCGCCAUUUAUGCUUCUUUCUUUGUUGAAGUUACUGGUAAAGAUGCUAAAAAAAAGCUGGCUCAAAAUUAGCUUAACUUCUUGUUUUAGCUUUUUUUUAUUUGUAACAGCUUUUUAUUAUUGUUUCUGUUUAUUUUUUAUAUAUGGUAUUUUAAUUAGCAAAGAAAUAUUCAUGUAAUUUUGUAGAACUAUAUUAUAUGUUUGGUUUAUUUUCGUCUUUUUUUAAAUUUGGCAUGUGAGGUGAAAGACACUUCAUAUUAUUUCAUGUAAUGAAAUUUUAUCAUGAUUCAUAAUGUACCUAGCUAGAGAAGAUCUUGAUUUUAGUAAG